CAAUGAGUAAUAAAGUAAAAUACACACAAUGGCGUGUGAACUAAUCUUUACGGUCCAAGAGCCAUACUUGCACCAAAAUACACACAAGUGACGUUUCCGAAUGCAACCAGACACUGGCGUAUGGACUAAUCAUUGAAUAAAGAGUAAGUUACUCUUUAUUCAAUGGGACUAAUAGAGUAGGUCUAUAGAGCUAUAAUUGCAAAGAUCAUAUUUUUUUGAGAAAAUAUCAACACAGACAACACAAAAUGGUUAAUCUAACACCAGAAAAUAUUAAUCCAAAUGUGCUACAAAUGGCAAAUAAUAUUCAACAUGGAGAAAUAAAGGGUGCUCACAAUAUUGUAGUAGCUAUCAUUUCUCUAUUCAAGGAAUUAAUCAGCAAUACUGAAUGGAACACAGCAAAAAAUUUAAUUGAUGUCAUCAGAUUGAAUGGAAAAUAUUUAAUUGAGACACUUCCACUUGAAGCUUGCAUUGGAAACAUGGUAAGAAGAAUACUGCAAAUUAUCAGAGAAGAGUAUGUUUCAGAAUUAAAGAAUAAAACUGAGGAAAAGGAUCCUAAGGAGUCCUUACAUAAAAUUCUCACAGCUGAGGAUGAUCAACAGAUGGACUUCAAUAAGUCAGUGCCUUUUCUUAAAUCUGCUCUUGUAGAACACAUAAUUGAAUUUGAAACAGAAUUGGAAACUUGCUCAGAAAACAUUACUCAACAAGCUUCUGAGCACAUACAUUCAAACGAAAUUAUCAUGACUAUAGGAAAGUCCAAGUUAGUAGAAGAAUUCUUUAAAAAGGCUGCUGCUUCAAGAGCUUUUGAUGUUAUAGUGGCUGAAGGUGGGCCAUUUUUGAGUGGUCAGGAAAUGGCAGUGAAUCUAGCCAACGCGAAGAUUAAAACCACGUUGAUAUCAGACGCAGCAAUUUUCGCAAUGAUGUCACGAGUCAACAAGGUCAUCAUCGGAACGCAUACCGUGAUGGCAAAUGGUGGACUCAGAGCAAUUUCGGGAGCUCACAUUGUCGCCCAAGCUGCCAAACAUUAUUCAGUUCCAGUGAUGGUUCUAUUGCCUCUUUAUAAACUUUCGCCUUUGUAUCACUGUUCAUAUAAGCAGGAUGACUUCAAUCAACACAUUUCACCAAUGCAAGGUGUGAUUGACAGUACCAAUGCGCCAUUGCUAGAGAAGAUACAUGUGUAUAAUCCUGUGUUUGAUUAUGUUCCGCCAGAUCUGGUCACGUUAUUUAUUUCCAACACGGGUGGAAACGCACCAUCUUACAUAUACAGAUUGCUUAGUGAAUUAUAUCAUCCUGAUGAUUUUGAAUUAUAAAUGCAGCCAAAUCUCUUCUUGUCUUUCAUAUUCUUGCUCUCCUUUUGUAUUCUUGACCAAAUUUCUCCUCUGAUCUCGUUAUUUUCUAUAGAAUAUAUCGGAGAAAGAGAGCAAGAAUACAAAGGAAAUCUGGUCCUGACUUGUCAAGAAUAGAGAGGUUUGACUGUGCUUUAGUCGCAUAUG